AUGGAAGCUCCGGUGGCGUCGACGCUGUUCGAUCUGGAGCGGCUGGAAGUAUACCGUCUGCUGCAGCGUGCUCUCGAGAUCGGCCGCGAGGAUGCGCAGCGCUUCAGUUCGCCUGAGGAGAUGCUGUCUUCCAGACUCGGCGCAGAGAUAUGCGAGGUAUACGCUGCUCUAUUCAAAGGCGGUUUCAAUCGUCAAGACCUAGCUGCCCUGGAGCACUCGAGCUAUGUCUUAUUUCUUUGGCCGCUGCUCUCUUUAGACGCUCUUCCACUGAUCCCCAGCUUAAGUGCUGAAUCACGCGAUCGUUUUCACGCUAUUCGCGUCUCUGCCGUGAUGACAUGCGUCUGGGCUGUCGUCGAGGAUCACAGCAGUGGCCGAAGCGACUACGCCGACCUAUUGCGCCAAGUUGCCAAAGAACACCCUUCAGCAUUUGAGUGUGUCUUCUACAACGCUGCACAGCUUUUCAUGCUGGAGAGUUGGCGCAGCGACCUGUGCGACACCCGUGAGUGCGAGGCAAUGGACCGCCUGACUAUCCUUGAACUACGGGCGCUGAUGAGGUUCUUUAUACUAUGUUUCCAGAGUUUUGAAGUCGGGGGCAUUCGUAGGUGUUGCGUUCAGCUGGUGUCCCCUGCGAUUUGGCUCCACAUCCCCGAGGUGGUGCGCGAGAGAAACAUCUAUGCCCACAACCGUCUGGCUCAAGGACUGUUCCAACGUUCUACCAAGCGCCUCGAGGAACGAUACGAUGGUUUGGAUGAUGCGCCCGGGUUGCCGCGUUUUUCGGAUUUAGACAGCGUGAAAUCGUUGUACGAGCUUUCUGGAUCUGACGCUGAGGGGCACGGCAAGUUAAACGACCGUGCCCGUUUCCUGCUAAGUCGCGACUUUCUGAACAGUGUCCUCAACCACUUCAUCUAUGUUUUGGAGGACGGUCUUGACCUUGACGCCUUUUCGUCUGCCGACAGCACGGUGCAGGACCGCGCCAUGCAGCGUUUGAUGCUCUGCGAGAACCACAUGGAAUUCGUGAUAGACCUUCUGAGCCAGUUGAACACCCGCCGCAUCGUGAAACCGCUGUGCGACGCCAAGCUGAUUUUGGUUCGUUGCAGGCAAACGCCUCUGCACGAGCACCUGGAGGGUUCGUUGUUCAAGAGCAUGUUGCGCAUUCUAAACUUCUACAUGAAGUUUUACAUCGACGAGGAGCUGGGCACCCCUUUGGCGUACGACAAGGUGAUGGAGCAAUAUUACCAUCGUUUCGAAGCCUUCCAACGCGUGUGCUUCACCAAGUUUGGCAGCGAUGAGGUGCUGAAAGGUGUCCACCUCCUUUCGGCUUUCGAGGUGCACCAGAAGGGCGGUUUGACCGAAUUAUUAUCGCAAUGCAAGUCCAGCGUGUUGGGCAGGCUAGUUCUGGAGUUGGGUCUGUUUGCCGUGGAGGACAACGACAUGGAGGCUCCCCGUCUCAUGCGUCCCGCUGCCGUGAACCUGACCCCUAUAAAGGAGAAAGGAAAGAAAGCCGUGAAACAGUUUUUGAUAGGUGUUAUAAACGCCCACCUUGAGCGCCAGGUUGAUUCAGUGGCUUUCCUGAACAGCCUCCCUCUGUACCCUACUGAGGAGCUGUUGUGGAGUUCCAGCGAGCUUCCCAACCCCCAUGCGUAUAUCCGCAUGUCAUCAUUGGCUCUUAACAAGUUGAACCUGCAGUACCUGACAGUAUUCGACUUUUUGUAUCGCAAUUUCAGUUUAUACCGUUUGGAAAGCGCCUCGCACAUCAAGUACGACUUGGAGGAGGCGAUCGACUCGUGUUGCCCUCGCGCGCAUUUGGGUCGAGGCGGGCCCAAAAUGGGCCAGCAGGAGCUGACGGAGACACGUUUCGAGGGCAGUCAUCCUAUGGCCAUUGCGGUGUCGUCGUUCACCAUCCGUAAUGUGUCAUCUGCCACGGUGCUGCAUUCCGACUCCAGUUUCGUGGAGGCCGAGAUUGUGGUUGACACGUCGCUCAUUAAGGAGUUCCAGGUAAGGCGUGACUGGCAACGUUUGAAGCGCUAUGAUGUGGUGUUUCUUGUGUCCGUUGCCGCGCCCGUACAGCAGGUGCGUAAGCGGCUUGACGAAUACGAGACACCCGAGGAGGUACCACUGAACUUGGGCAUAAACCUGGUCCGAGGCGCAGAGGUCUGCCAGGUGUUGGACGAGGAGGGUCAUGUCAUUUCGGAUUUGAACCCGUACGAGACUCGCACGCCCAUCGGUUUCCGGCUGAUCCUCCGGGUACGCUUGGACUACAACCAGUACAUCCAGGACAUUGCGCAAGAUCCCAACAUAUACGGCAACAUGAACUUGUUGGUUCGGCGUCAGGCCCGUGUGAACACUUUCAAGGCUGUUUUAGCAUCCCUGCGCAACAUGAUUAACCGCCCUAAGGCGUUGCCUGGCUGGUUGAGCGACCUGAUUCUGGGUUUUGGCGACCCUCUUCAGUGCCAGUACCCGCAGAUGGAACCGUCCGAAUGGUGCCUAAACUUCUUAGACACCUGGAAGAGCGUGGGCCACUUCAUGGAGACGAACAACAGCUUCGUCGUUAAGGUGGCUUUGCUCAAGGGCUAUGCCGACGGUUGGGAAACUCGCCAAGUGUCAGAGUCGGAACUGUUCGUCCGCACCCUCCAGAGCGUUUCCCUGAAGGAUGCGGAUGCGACAACGGUGGCCACAAGUGUUGCGGGUGAUUGCAACACCUGGGCCGCAUUAUCGCAAUUGGGUCUGAGCGUGGACACCGCUUCAAUCCAACCUCUGGGCGACAACCGAUAUAUGUUUUCGACAUCGGUUGGAUUUAUGGUCAUGGAAGUAGAUGCCGGUAUGCUGGCCUCUCUUAAUGAGAAGGGCAACGUAGUCCACGGCCGGCGCCCCGAUCUACGCCUUCCCCCUAAGGUUGCUUUCUUGGUACCGCAGUUCCAUGUCCCUUCACCCCGGGAUGAGUUGGCAACACCGCGUCCCAACAUCGUUUUCACUCCAGCACAAGUGGAGACCAUCCGCUCCGGAGUGUCACCAGGGUUGACGGUGAUUGUAGGACCGCCAGGUACAGGUAAAACGGAUUGCGUCUGCCAGAUCGUGGGCAUUCUGUUCCGCAACCUACCCGAGGAACGCACGGUCGUCUGCACUCACAGCAACUACGCGCUGAACGACAUUUUCACGAAGUUGGUGCUGAACGGCCACGUCGAUGAGCACCACAUCGUGCGUCUCGGUGGUGCGGAGUUUGAGAUUGAGGGAUUGGGCGACUUUUCGAAAUGGGGUCGCGUAAACUUCAUUCUUCAGCGCCGUCUGGAUAUGUUGGACCUGGUGAAGAAGCUCGUAGACGCCUUGGAGGUUCCUGGAGAUUACAAUUUCAGCCUGCAGCUGUCGUUGUCAUUUUUCAAUUCGAAAGUGCUGCCGCUAUUGCGACAUAAGGGGGCGCUUUCUGUCGUGACCAGCAACUCUGCCGACAAGACCCCUGCCAACGAAGCAGAACAAGGUGCAACAGACGAUGCAAUGCAUGAGGAUAAGGAUGCACAAAGCGGUAACAAGACCGAAUCUUCACCGCAAGGCAUUGCUGACAAACGUGCCCAUAAUGUGCCUCGUCUUCUGGAGUUGCUCAACGGCUUCUUCAAUUCCGAGGUGGAAUUCGCCCCGUCACUAAGGGACCUAUCAACGAGGUGGCAACAUCUCCAACUGUGCGGAUCGGUCAACGACCCGCAGCUCCACGAGAAGCGCUGCGAAUUCCUUAUGUACAUGUACAACAUGAUCAAGGAGCUGCAACCGUUUGAGGUUCUGCGCAACAACCACGACCGUGGUCGUUACCUGGUGGAGAAAUACGCUCGCUUGGUGGCCAUGACCUGCACUCACGCGUCGUUAGGACGGGAGACUAUGGAGAGUCUGCGUUACAGCAACCUGGUGAUGGAGGAGGCGGCACAGGUACUGGAAGCCGAGACCUUCGCGCUUCUGGCGCAUCCUCUGAAACGCGUUAUCUUGAGCGGUGACCACUACCAACUACCUCCAGUUGUGAACAAUCGCAGUCUGCUGCAGUUCUCCAAUAUGCAGCAGUCACUAUUCCACCGCCUGGUGCGUCUCGAGACUCCGCAUGUGAUUCUGAAUCGCCAGGGCCGCAGUCGUCCUGAGAUUGCGUCACUCUUCACGCACUUCUACCCCGUGAAAAUCGACAACAUCGACCUCGCGCUGUCGCUCCCCGAAUUCGGUUCUCGCAAUCGCUGCUUGGAGCACAACCUACAGUUCGUCGACUGCGAAGGUUCCGAGUCCGCGCCUAUUCCGCACUACUACCAGAAUCUGGAGGAGGCUGAGUUUGUGGUGGCUACGUAUAUGUACAUGCGUCUGUGCGGCUACCGCAGCGAGGACAUCGUGAUUUUAUGUAUGUACAACGGUCAGAGGGCGCUCAUUGAGGAUAUUGUGAAGCACAAGUGCGCGUGGAACCCUCGCAUAAAGGCGCCUCGCGCGAUCUCCACUGCUGACAAGUUCCAAGGACGGCAAUCUGACAUAGUUUUGCUGUCACUGGUGCGUACAGCUCGCCCCGGACACCUGCGAGACCCUCGCCGCAUGCUGGUGGCUCUGAGUCGCGCCCGACUGGGACUGUACAUCUUUGGCAGCUGGCGCCUGUUCAGAGGCUGCAGGCAACUGCAGCAGUUCGCGUCUCGUCUCGACGCGUACCCCAAAGAGCUGAGGCUGCUACCCGACGACACCGAUGCCAGCGCCGUGUCUGUCAGACGUUACAGCGAGAUGGAACCCAUUUUGCAGAAGUUGCAGUAA